CACUGUCCUCCAGUUAAUAAUCGAUACUGUCGCCGUGUUCUGCUUAUCGAGCGCUUUGAGAUGCCAUCCUCAGCAUAACCGCUGUAAUGUGAGCGAUCAACGCGUUUACUCCAAAAGUCAAAAACGCGGAUUAAAAGAUUCUGGGAAAAUAAUGAGGAGAAAGCAAUAACUAUGAAGUUCAUUUGCCAUGUCUAAGGUUGCAGUGAAGAAACUGCAUUGGCGCUCUAAAGUGCAGGAGACUUUCAUCCCACUGGUGGGCAGCUCUGGAGAGCUGGGCGUGGCCAUCGGAGGCGGGGCUGAUUAUGGAGAGUUUCCAUUUGUCACCGCUGCACCAGGGGGAGGAAUCACUGUUGGUGAUAUCAUCCUAGAAAUCGGGGGAACGCCUGUUUUGGGCCUAACUUUAGGAGAUGUACGCGGGGUCCUAAACUCCUGCCCGCAUCCAAUCCGCAUCAAGACAGUUUCUCCAGGUUCGACUCUAUGCAAGGAUCUAAGAUUAUACCUGAGCAAAUGUUUCACACUUGGUUCGAUGGACAGUCAACUCCAGCAGGUGAUCAGAGAAAACCUCUACCUGAGAGCCGUGCCCUGUACGACUAGACAGCGGCGGGACGGGGAGAUCAAAGGAGUCGACUAUAACUUUGUCUCAGUUGAAGAGUUCUUCUCACUUGAGGAGUCUGGGGCGCUACUAGAGAGCGGCAAGUUUAAAGGGAACUACUAUGGAACACCUCGUCCGGUCCACAUCAGUCCUGACAGUCCACCCAUUACAUACACGGAGCACAGGAAUCUGCUGAGGAAAUUUAGAACGCGUAGCAAAUCCCUAAGUAACCUGGAGAAAACUGGAGAGGAGGGCGACAACAGUGAGGAAGACUCGGGGCUGUCAGGGGGUUCGGCAGCUGCUAGCAGUGUCCCUGCCCACACUUCAUCUCCCAGCCAAUCACGACACUCCAGUGGAGGAGAUGGCAGUGCCUUGGAGAAUGGGGUCGGUCACCGUAGAGGUGCACGGGUGACAGGGUCUGAAAACUGGGAGAUGAUAUACAGCGACUCAGGGAAUCCCUACUACAAAGAUCAACAUCUAAAGCUGUCAUCAUGGUGUAACCGUCGAACCCACAGUGCAGAAAAUAUCUCAAUGACUGAAAUGCUAGAGUUUACAGAUCAGCCAAGUGAACUGAAGGGCUUCACUAUUCACACCCGUCUGGUGAAGGGCUCGCGGGGCUUCGGCUUCAACAUUGUGGGGGGCAGCAGACCGCGGGAGUUCCUGCAGAUCUACAGCAUCACUCCUGGAGGACCUUCAUCCCUUCACACCGCGGACAUUCUGGUCUACAUUAAUGAUACCUGUGUACUGGGCUGGUCUCACAGGGAGGUAGUGGAGAUGUUGAAAGUCAUUCCAGUGGGUCACACUGUAGACGUUGUGGUCCGACGGGGCUACCCAAUGCUCUUUAACUCUGACGGAUCUCCAAAGAUGGCCCACUGCAGGCUGACAGAUUCUCCGAGCCGUAAUUCACCUUCGUAUCUACCUCCACCAACCACCACCCAACCCAGGGCUCAAGCUCUCCUACCAUACGCCCAGCCACAUCUAAACCAGAACGGCCCUGUGUGUUCUGAGUAUGAGAGGGGAUCCUCGAGAAAUUUCAGAGUACGGCAGUCACGGUUGAGUCUGGAUGCUAACGGUAAUUCAUCACCUUUUAGUUCACCCCCAAGAGCUCCCUCAUCAUAUGGGUACUCCAAUGGUUACGAGAGUGGGUACGAAAGACCACCUCGCUCCUCAAGAGGGAUCAGAAGGUUACAGAAUGCAGACCUGGCCAGCCAAAGUGACAGCGAGGUGGUGUCUGCGAUUGGAUCACAAAGGGCUUCUUUUAUCCGCAACCACAAUAACAACUCUCUGUCCACCCCACCACCUCCCCGCCUUUGCUCAAACUUCAAAUCUUCUGAAAGUGACCUUUCCUCAUGCACUCCACCACCAGUAUCUCGACUGCCCCACGCAGAAAUAAGUCCCGGCCCCAUGUCCUUUUCCCCCGGAGGAGGAAGACGCUACUCUCAUCUCCGACAACCCCAGCACACGUUGCUGACCCCGCCCCACAGCGCCCAUUCAGACGGGCCUUACUUUACUUUUAACGGAACGGCGAGUGCCAGCAGCAGCCCGAACAGCAGCAUCCCAUCACCGGGAGCGAUCAGCGGCAUUAUCGGAAGUGGGUUUCCAGGUAAAGGGGAGUUAGUACCUGUCGCCUUGGCUAAAUGUGAAAGGGGGAGCAACAUGGGGUUCAGUGUUACAGCGGGGGGUUACGGAGGGAGACAGACGAUUGUGAAGAAGGUCUGGGAUCACAGACAGUGUAACGGACUUCAGUCAGGAGACGCCAUUGUUAAGAUCAAUGGAGCGGAUGUACAGAGUCUCAGUUUUGCACAGGUCCAAAGGAUUCUGCAGGAACACACCAAAAAAGGAGAGGUUAUUCUGCUGGUUUACAGAGGAGGUCCUUCACAUUAUUCCAUUUCCCCUAAUUCUGUACGUCGACUAACUCCGCCCCCUCCACGCUCCGCCUCUGAUUCUGAAGUCCCUUAUACAGAUUCCAACCCGUUAGCGUCCAACUCCCUUACCCCACCCUCUCCAGCACUGGUGCGCUCCUCAUUGGUCCAAAGUACCAGCUUCCUGGAUUCUGUUCCUGUCACUCUUACGCUUGAGCCGCGGGAUUGGAUGCGUUCAGAGGAAGGUGGGACAACGCUCAGUCCCAGAGUAAAAGCAGAGGAGAAAGUGCCGGCCACUAAGCUACGAGGAUAUGAGGUGGAGCUAAAGAGGAAGUCAGGUGAAGGAUUUGGAUUUGUUAUCGCCUCUCAAGACCUGGAGAAUGGCAAAGCAGCGUCUCUCCUCCCUCACAGGUUUGUGACGGUGCGCAGAGGAAGCCCUGCGGCCCGCAGCGGGCAGAUCAGACCUGGAGAUCGACUGGAAGCUGUUGAUGGAAGAUCAGUGGUUAAUUUACCUCACAGAGAGCUGGCACAGAUACUGCGUAGAGCUGGAAAUACACUGCGCUUAACCAUUGUACCACGCUCUAGUGCUCAUUCUUCAGAUCAAGCAGACUAUGACCCUGAUUAUAAGAACAGAAAAUCGAACAGGUCAAAACCAAAGGAUGCCUCGCACUACUACAGUGUGGAGCUGGAGAGGGGACCAACGGGUUUUGGCUUUAGUCUCAGAGGAGGUAGUGAAUAUAACAUGGGUCUCUAUGUGCUGGGUCUGAUGGAGGGUGGACCAGCCUCACGCAGCCACAAAAUACAGGUGAGUGAUCAACUGGUGGAGAUCAAUGGUAACAGUACAGCAGGUAUGAGUCACGCUCAGGCUGUAGAGCAGAUCAGAUCUGGAGGAAGCAGAAUACACCUCGUCUUUAAAAGAGGCAAUGGAUAUGUCCCUGACUAUGACCGUGAUCACGUCGCAGCCGUCUCCUCCUCACCCCAAGCCCUGCAGUCGGAUUUGGCUGCAGUGACCCGUCGCCGUGCCCAACAGGAUGUCGCAUCCAGCUUUCAAAAACCAGAGAAGACCAAGAAGGGGCGGAGACAACAGAAGGGGUGGGGAAGCGAUGGAGGAGACCGAGAGAGCCCUGAUAGCGAUGAGAGCAUCAGUCAAAGAAGGGGCCGAAAGUUUAAAGACGAAAAGAGGAGGGAAAGGUCACAAAGCUUGCCCAGAGAGGCUCUAAAAGGACAGAGUGAGGAAAAAAUGGAGACACGAAUUAAAACAGAAGAGAAAUGGAAGAAGAAAAGCAAAAAGAGAGCAGAGAACAAGCCAAGCAAGAAUGAAGAGACAAUGAAAUGGCUAAGCAGCGAGAGCGAGGGAGAUGUGGAAAAGGAGAAAAGUCAGAUCACACAAAACAUCCAUAAGCAAAGACUUCCUGAACCUAAACUGCAGUGGGAGGAAGAGGAGGAGUGGGAGAGAGAGAUAAAGCGAGAAUGGCAGAGAGAGAGAGAACGGCUAAGGGAGGAGAGGAGGUCUCUCAUUUUGGAGAGCGACAGAGGGAAAGAUUGGGAAAGAGCAAAUGAGAGCAAAUCAAACAAAGAAGGGCAUGAGUGGGAGAUGAAUGGUAAAACCGAAGGAGGGGUUCAGUGGGAUCAAAAACGCUGGAAUGUAGCAGAAACGAGUCUUAAAUCUCGACCUUUUUCAGGCGUCCUAGUCCUGCCUCCAGUAAUUCAGCCCCGCACGCUUCGGCAUAGCAGGUCCUUAUCUGGCCUUUCUUCUGAGAGGCCUGUAGGGGACGCUGAGUUCAAUCAGACCCCAUUCGCUUUCCUCACACCUGCGACCUCUGACUAUGCAGAAUCUGAGUCGGGAGCCAGUGUAUCUGAUAGUAGCAUUUCUGCAGCCAGUGUCUCUGGUCUCACUGUGUAUUUGAACGAAACGCUUAGAUCAAAAUCCAUGCAGAGGGCCUCAGGGCCCCCGCUUCCAGGCCCCUGGCUACAACCUGGCUCACAUAGGUUAGGAAGAAAAGACAAGAGGAUACCAUUGGUAGGGAGAGGUCGAGGAACAGAAAAAUAGUUUAUGAAUAACUGAUGUUUACUUAAAAAAGCAUUACUAUUAGUAUUGAUCAUAUUAACUUGAUCUUUUAUCUGGAUGGAACAAUAAUAAGAUAUAAAACAAGUCCUUAAAAACAGCAUUUAACACUUACCCUAUCCCGAUUUGCAGUGGGAAGUUUAUAAAAAUGAUUUAUAAGUCUUUGCACACACUCUUAGAACGGAUGUGUUAAAAACAACACAUUAGUGUUGAUUCUGGGAAUCCACCCAUAUCUUUAACAACAGUAAAAAUGGUUUGUGCGCCAAGCGCAUGGUCGAAAAGGGUUGGUCCUGUUUUUUUCAUGAGUAAUGGGAAUAUUUGGGGCGUAACGUGCAAUAAAUCAAUGAGAGUUUCAGCUCUCAUCCCCUUUAAAAGCCAGUUGCGCUGGCACUAUGUCGAAUCCCUAUUUAGAUGACGGACUUUGUAAACUGAAAAACUAAGCGGAGGAAGAAGAUCCCCAGUUUAAGAUUAAUGUUAAAUAAUUGUGUUGUUUUCACUUGUUUUCAAAUUGUUAUUUUUUUUAUUAAAACCUUUAAAACCCGUUUUCUUUUAGUCAAGGAAGUAAAAAAGCAGGCUUUUAAUUGCUUUAAAUGUAUGGCUAUCCAAUAUCAUCAAAAAAUAAUUUACAAGGUUUGUACUCUAAAAAUACUUUAUUUGUAACAAACAGCAGAUUAAAAAUUUACAUGAGGUAGCAUUUAAAAAAACUAUUUAAAAAUAGAUGCAUUUGUUUAAAGCAAAGCAUUUAUUAACUUACCAGGCUGCAGGUGAAGCAGCUCUUUACAACUUCUAACGUCUCAUAAUCGGUCCUCAUUUAUGUCUAAGAGACUCAAUAAUAAUCUUUUACAUUCAAUCCUUUAAUCUUUCAUAUUUAAAAGCAUUUUUGUGCUGCUGCGCAUUCAUGUAUGUGAUAAGCAAACCCGCGUUGUUGUCCUAUUUAUAGGCACAUAUUUCUAACACGCUCUUUAAAUAACAAAAACAUAUUGCGCCAUUGACUUUAGACUUUAGACCAGGUUUUUGUUGGUCAAUGGCGUAGUCUAUUUUAGUUGCCUCAAAAUAGCAACGCGCCAACAAUGCGCCUGAACACACCUCGUUUUCAGACCAGAACGCCCAUGGGCGCAAAAGGGGGCGCAAAUGCAUUUGCUGUUUAAACAACAUGGCGCUAAACGUGAAAAUGAUAAUUGCGCAGGGUGGAAACUAGCAAAAGACACUUGGGUCGCGCAUUGCGCUGCGUUCCGCCGGGGGUAAGAUAGAGCCCUUUUUGUUACUUUUAAUUAACACAAAAUGACACAUAAUGUGUUAAAGUUACACAUAAUGUGUUAAAAGCUUAACACAAAAAUAUGUAUAAAAAAUUAACACAUCCUUCCUAAGAGUGCAUUGGGUCCAAAAUAUUCUUUUUCGCAUGUAAAAAAAUUAUUAUGAUAUAAUUACUCAUGUUGUGUAAACGUUACGUUAACACACUGUCUCCAAAAUAUUUGUACGCCAUAAAAAAUCACAUAAGGUUCAAUUAUCAGCAUUUUUCGCAUCCAUAGCAAGCACUUAUUAGAGGUGUUUUGACAUCAGAACCACAAUACGACUAAAUCAAGAAUAACGAAUACGAAAAACGCAUACGAAAAAUUACGGACUAAAGUGUGAACAAAUUUUUAAGCUGUUGGUAGGAUUUUACAGAAAAAUUUAAAUUUAAAAACAUUUGAUGCCAUUUAACUCUAAUAUACAUAAAGAUAACUACAUCAAGUAAUCUGCAAUUUUAUGCUUCAAACUGAGGUGGCGAUAGAGAGGCAAAAUUGUAGUGUUUAACAAUUUUAUAAGAAAGCACCUUUAUUUUUUUUAAGAAAAUAUAACUCUAAUUGUUAACAGUCUUUUGGUGAAAGAAUAAUUUGUGUAAAAAUGUCAGUACACAUCUAAUUGCUUAUAUACACAAUAUAUACUGUAGUGAUAAUAAAUUGAAAGGUUAUAAUUGAAAUAUACAACAGAUAUGAAGUAUUUAAAAGCUCUCACUCCAGCUUGCUCUCUCACGCUCCUCUCUCUUCAUCUCUCUUCAAUAAUAAAGAAAGUCUGCAGUAUUCAACACCAACAUUUAUGUUUAUAUCACAAUGUUUGUAUUGUAUAUUCACUGGUAUCUUUACAUUGUGUCUUAAGUCCAACUUUUACUUCUAUGCCCCAUUACCCCCAGUAAUCUUCACAAUUUAAUUUUGUUUUAUUAAUUUCAAGUUUAUUCAGUGUGGUUUUAGCACCUCUUGUGCACUUUCCCUAUGAAAUUAGUAUUAUGCUGAUCACUUCUAAACACCUGAGGGGAUGAUAUUCUUGCAAAUUUGUUGUGAAUGUUGUGUGUACUGUAUGUUUGUUAACUUUAACAGUUACUUGUUCAUUAAUAAUGUUCCGCUUGUUUGGUUUUUUACUUUAUUGUAUAUGUUCAUACAUCUCUGUGUGCCCUCUGGGUCUUUGACAUCUCAGGGAGCAUAUAAACAAACUGUAGGGUUGGGGUCUUUGUUGUUUGAUCCUGAAUGUUUAGAGCAUGAUCCCUACGCCCUCAAAGUUGCCCUUAUCCUAUACAGAAACACUGAGAAAAGUUUAAACAUUUAAAUAAAAAACUCUUUAUUACAUAUAUUUUAUUAUGUUAGAGGGGAACACGCAACAUAAAACAGGUGUCCAUAACAUAUGUGCUGCAGAUAUCAAACAUAUAUGUGGAUAUACAGUACAGAUGAAAUAUAUUUGUAACAGUACUAAAUAAUACUUCACAUUAUACCUCUCAACACUGAUUUUCCCAGCAAUACUGUAUGAAAUAUAAACAAUAAUUCUUAAUAGAGAUAUAAUAAUGUUUUUAUUGAAUGUUAGUGUUGCAAUAUCGGCAUUGUGCCAAGCCUAAAGGCCUCUUUACUUUAAUCUCGGUGAAAAGCUUGCUAGUGAGAGAGUUUUCAACUAUACUGUGUCCUUGUAUCAAUAGCUUGAUAUACUGACGAAUAUUUAGAGUUCAGCCUACAAACUGUGCCUACUAAUCAGCUGUGUUUCUAUUUUGCAUAUUUUCAAACGUUCUGCUUUCUGAUCUGCCAAAACAUCACCAAUAUUUUUUCAUCAUGUUUCUCAUACCAGAACACACACAUUUAAACUAUGCAUAAGGUUUUACCAUUUUAAAUCACAGCAGAAAAGACAGCAGUGUGCUCUCUGCAUCCCCAGCAGGUCUGGGAUCAGUUUGUUGAGGUCUGGUGUAAAUGGUUCACACAAUUGAAUGAGUGCAUAUUUAAACAUAUCAUAAUAUUCAGAGUAUGAGCCAAUGCAUCAUAGCUUUCACUAAUAAAUGCUGUGCUUCUAUAUUUAUUACUCGUUCGAUCUGAAGUGUCAGUUUUAGAGUUGUCUUUACGUCCCUAUACUAACGUCUUUGGCCAUACAACUGAUUGUAAAUAGAUAUAAAUACAGUAUAUUACAAUUAUAUAUAUAUAUAUAUUAUAUAUAUAUAUUAUGUUUAUAUUAUUAUUAUAUUGCUAUUCUCCAAUGUAACCCUAA